AUGCUCGCCUCACUCAAGUCUGCCAUGGCAGCAGCCUCUAACCUGCUGCCUAGCCAAGCAGCAAACACGAAAACUGCCUGUGUCAGAGUGGUGAACAAUACCGCAAGGCCUAUCGUUGCCAUCUCAGUGAUUCACAAGUGCAGCAACACCCGCAAGAGCCGUCAAGAAUGGGCAAUUUUGCAGCCGGGCAAAACAUCCACGCCUGACUUGGAAGUCGAAUACCCAGCUAGCUCCAGUUCCCGCCCUAGCUCUGGUGGUGACAACUCAUGGCUUAUCGUCUGGUACAGCGAGGACCUGCAGGCGCUCUGGCACUCUGAUCCAAUCGAAUCGGUGUUUCCGGUUGACAUACUAGACAAGCAGUCUAGGGAGGAGGUACAGAAGGUUGAAGAAGCCCUCGCUACAGGCAGCGAGCCAGGUUCUAAGGGCGCACAACUAGCUACUGCGCUGGCAAAAGCGACGACAGAUCAAGCGUUUAAUUCGAGCAACCUAGAAGGACUGGUGCAGCAUCAAUUGCGGGACGAGGAUGCAAACGAUGUGACUGAGCUGGUCAUCAAUGCCAAUGAGACGAUGAUUUUCAAAUCUAAGUCUGGAAGCACGGAGGUCAAGGUUAAUUCCCAGCCAGCAACCGCAUAA